CACAACGUGCCCGGCCGCACUGCCCGCUGCUGCCGCCUGAAGAGGAUCGAGCACGAACUGAGAGGGGGUCGGUUAUUGGAGGACGCAUGACGACGGGGGAGAGCCGAUCUGUAAAAUACCUAUUUCUACCUCCAUCAUGAAAAUACUACCAUCGUCCAUAGGCCAACACACAUAACCUCACGAAACUUUUUGACGAGAUGAGUGAUGAAUGCGCACGUAUGUAUGUACCUACGUAAUACCAUGACUAGCAGUAGCAGUAGUGGGCUGACCUACUUUCGUGCUGCUGGAACAGAAGCAGAUUAUUCUGAUGAAAAUGCCGAGUUAAUGGCCGAUUUUGCUAUAGAUAGUGAUGAUGGUGCCACCUCUCAAUACAUGCCAGAGUCAGUGUCGACCUCGAACCUGACAAAGCAGCAAAGUACAAAGGUUAAUGGUGAUGAGGAGAUGUCAGUUGGGCAUGACAACCAUGAACAAUCAUUCUCUGGAGAAAAAUCAACAGAGGUCGUCAGAGCAUCCACUACAGUAUCAAAGAGGGACAAGCAAGGAAUUCCACUCGUCUCAGAUGACUUAAGAUUAGCAGUCUGUCAAGGAAAUAUACAACAAGUGCAAUACUUUCUGGACAAAGGUGACAGUUCAAUUUAGCAAAUUUAACAUGAACCAACAAUUAUAAAUGUUAAAUUUCUUUAAUCUUGAUUAGGGCUUUUUAACCCCUUGAACCCUAAACUGUGUGCAUUGAAGGCCAAAUAAUUUGAAUAUCCGGUUAAUGGCAAAUCAUUUUUCUUAACCGUAACCGCGAAUACCAUUUUUGACCGAACCGGAUAUCCACAAGGGGCGCAGAUACCUUUUAGUUAACCAGAUAGUCCUCUAAUUACAACCAAGAAACCGGAUUCCUAUUGUCCGCGAUCGUCGGGGUGACGACCGAUUGGAAUGUUUGGUCUGAAUCCUUAUGAAACUUCUAUUAAGACAGCAUAAAACAGCGUAACAUACGUACUUACAUGUAACUAUGCUCAACUCUAUAAAGAGUUAAAACAAUGACAUUUCAGACGUAAUUUUUUCAAAGGUUACAAAAGUUUUCCUUCACGUAGAGUCUAUCACGAUAUCAAAAGAAAAAGCAAAUCGCCAUCUUUAAAUUAGAUACGGUUAUUUCCAUGAAUGAACCUAGUGACAUUGUCUAAAACUAAUAUCAAUCCGCCCAUAAGAUCUCAUUCACAAACGAACGACCACAAAUGAACAGCGCCCCCUAGUGGAAAAUAAAAUAAAAUAAAUAAUAAAAAAAAAUAGCACCCUCUAGUGGCGGGAAAAAUAUUUGAAUAUUUUUCCGGUGAAUUUCGAAUAGUUUGCCAGCGGCUUAACGACUACAAAAACUUCACUAUUUGCCCAGCACUAGUGGUGCAUUGACGCCCUGACCCUGAGCUAUUUGCACAUAUUACCAUCUACAGUGAUGAUCUUGGGGAAGUACUCCAAAAACUUUCCAGCGAGAAUGAGUUUUAUCUAAAGGAAGUUCAACCCCACGAAAAGCCCAAACCCUUGUACACAAUCUGUUCGUAACUGCUUGAUCCACGUUAGCUGUAGAAUUUACAGGGAAGCGAGGAGUUUCAAGGGCUCUUCUUUGUUCAGAGGAAUGUACACGAUGUACGUGUAUUAGAUUUUUAUAUAUUUGUGUGAAUGGGCACUUACAAAAUGUGUAGAUUUCAGCAUCAGAAUUCAUUUACUUAAGAUGGGCUGCCGAUAUGCGAUGUACGAUGGCUGGUGCUGAGAAGUCAGCCAUUUUACAAUAGCAUUUUUGCCUGCAUUUUUCACUUUUUUGCAAGACACCGGACUGCAUUCCUCCUAGUACGCUACCUUGAACAAAGACCAUGAAGACUGAUAAAUGUACACAUUGGUCAUGAUCAAGGGUCCUAGUAGGCCAGCCAAAGUAUAAAAUUACACUUUGGACGGCAUAGUUUGUUAAUGGCUGGCAUCCAUGCUAGAUGUAUGGAUCAUGGGCUCGGGAAGACGAUUAGG